AUGCCCACCAUCCACACGAAUGGACCGCCAAAAACGAUCGCACCGGGCAAUCCCCGAAACGCAAACCACGGCAAGCGGAACUCACAAUACUCCAUAUCGCAGCCCAUGAAUGGGUUGAAGAUGACCAACUCGAGAGAAUGCUCUCCAAUGUCACAAAAUAUGAUAACCAGCCAUGAAGCAUCCCCGUCAGCCUUCUUCAACAGCUCGCCCUCGCCCGGCGCACCAGACUUCAACGCUGCCGCAAUGGGUGCUAUGAACCCGCAAGGCUUCUGGCCAGGCAAGCUGGAUCCCGGGGCGCACCAGAUGGUUGCCAAUAUGCCUAUGCAAGCGCAAUACCACCAACACGAUGGUCUCCCGGUCCCGAUGCCACAACAAAUGCCGAUUUUCACUCAGCCGAAUUUUGAUUUCCUCAGCCGUGGUUGUCGGUUGACGAUCCACCCAACACCCUCCAAAUCGCGCGUUGAGACCCAGAUUCCUAUCAAGUUGACGCUUUUCCCGCUACCUCCUGGUAUCAAGCGUCUACACCUACCAGUGCACACUAUCUCGAAGCCAAAGCUACUAGCCAAGCCACCAGCCGAACGGACACCCGAUAUGUUGGAACUGUACACCAUGCUCGUCUGCACUAGUGCGAUGCAAAACGACGACAACAAGCGCAAGGCCUUCCAGCGCGCCGCAGCCGCCACUCACAGCCCCGUCAUGAACGCCCGAUCCGUUAGCGACGAGGACGACGAGGAGAACAAGCCGCAAAACGGAGGCGAAGUGCGCAUCUGCGCCGGCUGUAUCACCCGUGAGCGUAAACGAGCAGCGAGGAAGAAGAUCAAGAAGGUUGAAGAAGAGGAGAUGUGGAAUCGCGAUGAAACCAGGCGGGUGAUCGUCUUUAACACGCAAGAAGUGAAGGAGUGGCAGACGCCCAACGGCCCUGUGGCGCCUCCCGGUGCCAUGCAAGUCGAUGCGCCGAUGAGAAUCGCUUGCUACUGCAGGCACCAUGCCGAGAAGUUGGGAUUCCAGGUCAUCUUCACCAUCAAGGACUGGCAAGAUCGUGUUGUCGCACAGGAGAUGUCUCAAUCCAUAAUGAUCACCGACGAUCACAAGACGCACCCGAUCCCGCAACAGUUGAACCCACCUGCAACCCAAGCCCCUGAGAACAACAGCAGCAACUUGGUACCCAUGAUGAACGCUCCGAUGGAAUCCAGCCCACUCAGCAAUGGUGGAACGCCGUUCCGACUAUCUCAUUCCAGCUCCGAUCUGCAAAACAUGCACCGCAAUUCCGCUCCUCAAUUCCCAGUUGCGAACACGACGGCUAAAGCGCCUGCUCCUCCAGUUUCGAGCACCACUCCUCGUUCGUUAUCGCGACCGCAGUCUCCGAACGCGCAUGGCGGACCUCAGACGAAGAAGCGAAAGGCCAGCACAGGAUCGAGAGUACCGAUAGGAAUGGCAAUGACGCGCCUGGACACAACGCCGCCGCCAACACAGAUGCCCAACCCAGUUCCCGCGGCUGCUUCUGCAUCAACAUCACCAUUCACGCCCAACCUGACCAGCUUCCAGGCUCCUCCUGAAGCUGUGUUUGUUCAGAACGGUGCUCCGCCGCCCAUGCCCCAAGCAUACGCCACUGGCCCGCCUACGCCCAACAGCAACGACCAGACACUUUUCACGAAUGCCAAUCGCUCAGCCAGCAUGGACAAUGUUGCCAUGCCGAUGUUCUCUGCGCCCGCAUCAGCACAUCAGAGCCGCGCUGCAAGCCCCAGUGGACUGCGUAACGGCGUGAACGUGGUGUCACAGAACCAGUUCAACACGAUGUCAUACAUGCCGACGAACGCCGUUGCUCCAGCGCGACCACAGCCGACCAUUCACAAGAUCAUUCCCAACGAAGGUCCGAAGUCUGGUGGCAUCGAGGUUACGAUCCUCGGAGCCAGCUUCUACCAGGGUCUGGAAGUGCUGUUCGGCGACCAGAAGGCCACUACAACUACUUUCUGGGGCGAAUCAUCCCUUGUCUGUCUUCUGCCUCCCUCGCCUGUCUCUGGAGCCGUUCUUGUUACCUUCAAGCAAAGUCAAACGCAAGCUGGACCACCGUUCCCCGCCAUGUCCAAACAGAACCAAAUGUUCAAAUAUGUCGACGACGACGAAGAGAAGCUCAUUCGCACAGCUCUCUCAAUCCUGGGCCACAAAAUGUCUGGACAGAUGGUUGAUGUCAAGGAACUUGCUCAGCGCAUUAUCGGUCAGGGUGACUCAAGCUGGGGUGCAUCUGGCCCCUCAGGCAGUGUCGGCGGCUUUGGCGGAAGCACCUUCAACAUGAGCACCGAAUCCCAACUUCUGAAGUGCUUGGAGCUCAUCGACCUGGAUGACAACCCGAGAAUGUCCAGACUUGAUUUAAGAAGGUCUACUGGUCAGACGAUGUUGCACAUGGGCUGUGCCUUGGGAUACCAUCGCUUCAUUGCGGGACUUUUGGCACGCGGUGCUAACCCAGACUUGCGGGACAAGGGUGGCUUCACUCCUAUGCAUCUGGCAGCAAUGAACGACCAUGAGUCGAUUGUUCGCAGAUUGAUGCAAGCGGGUGCUGACCCCACGAUCCGCAGUCUUUCGGGACUUCGCCCGGCCGAUGUUGCUCGCUCACGCAAGGUCAUCGAUCACAUCCGUCGUUGCGAGCGUCACAUUCGCUCCAGAAGCGGUGGCUCGUUGCACAGCAGAGCAAGCAGUGCCGCGUCCCUGAGAUCGCUGUGGGAUCCCUUGGGCAUGUCCAGCGAGUCAGAAUCUGCAGAUGACGGCGAAGAAAGCCCCGAGUACUCGUCGGGAGAUUACGAGGACGACGAACAGGAAGAAGAAGACUCUUGGCUUGACAUGCGGCGCCGAUCCAGCAGCCAUGCGUUCACGCCGCGCCCCGAUAGACAGAGCAUCCUCCAACGGGGUCAAGACGAGAUUCAACCAGGACUAGCGUCGCCCACAACAGCCAUUGCCUCGGCCGUCAGAGACCAAUUCACUGCCCAGAUCCAACAGUUCCAGCAAGCCAUGACGAUGCACUUCCCCAACCUCCCGCAGAUGCCUGCUCUGCCUAGGAUGCCAAUGCUUCCCGACUAUCAUGCAUACCUCCAGCAGAAUCCUCUCAUGGGUAGGGUCACCUCGCUCAUGCCGGGCAUGUCCGGCUCACGGCCUGGAUCGGCAGACGAAGAGACACCUAGGCCGAUAGACGGAAGAUGGUGGGAUCUGUCAUCGUUCCGGAACACCAACAACAACUCGGCACCGCCGCCAUCCUACGACGAGAUUUUCCCGCAAGAUGAACUCGACAAGAAGCAAGCCGCCGCUCUCGGGGCCGCUGCUGAGGCUGCUGCCGAUAUUAAAUGUGCAACCAUUUACGACACGCAGACAAUCGAGGUCACCGAGGCAUCGUCAAGCACGGCGCCAGUGCCGAGCGUACUCAGAAUUGGACGCAAGAGUGCCAUUACGAAGGAGCAGCAACAGAACUUCCUCCGGGCCCACGAGGCCAAAUUCAAGGGCAUGCGUAGCGACAAGAACCUUUGGUUCAUUUGGAUUCCCCUUCUUACAUGUAUUUUGGCUGCUAUGUUAUACAGCCGUUAUCCUCACUACUUUGCCGCGGCCUGGUCCAUGGUUGGAUCUAAGGUGGAUCAGGUUCCGGAAAUUGUAAGGAACGUUCAGGACCGUGUUGUUGAGGUCCUAUAG